CUGCCCAUGCUCUGCAGGCGUUUGAGGUUUCAGCUCCUUUCUUUCCCCUACAGCCUCUUUGUACGUCCGAUGACCUAGCGCGAAAACUGAGUCGACCUUCGCAAACCUCCUUUUCUGGGCUAAUGCAGAGCCGGCUGGAAGAUUCAUUGGCUAGGGCGCUGUGAUUCCCCCCCUAAAGGCGUCCGGAAUCGCUACCUCAUACGGUAAUUUCGUGGCUUGAUUUCCGCGCUAGGUCACCGGACGCAGGAAGAUGCUGUAUGUAGAACGCUUCUGCAUGAAGUCAGAUGCAACUGGUGUCGUCGCUGCGACCUUUCCUCUCGAAACUGCAAGUCCGUACUUGUGCUGGCUCGAGCCCCGCUCACCCACUCGUCGUCCUACUGACACCGCUGCGAAGUCCGGCCGUCUCGCGGUCGUGGUCAUAGUUAUGAUUGUGAUGGGGGUGGGGAAGAGGGUGGCAUGGAAAUAUCAAGAUAAUGCACCUUUCCUUCCUACGGAACGCCCAUGCCGGGUCCCUUUGCAUGCGCUAUCAGUGGCCAUGCUGCCCGUGACAUGAUUGCAUACUUCUGCUUCCCCUAGCCAGCCACCUUAUGCCCCGACUUACCCAUCAGCAGCGCUACACGCAGUAUCUUUGGACUGCUCGAGGCACCAUUGGAACACGAGAAUGGCAUCAAGUGCUCCAUGCAUGAUCUUCUCCUUGGCGUAGAGAAGCUCGGCGGCACGAAGAGCUACGAGGAGUUCGUCGAUAAGC